AUGUCCCAGCCGAUAAACAAAUACCUUAUUUCAAUAGGAAAGGAUAUACUAGCACCAAUGUCAUGGUUGUGUGUGAUUUUAAUGUGUUUUACAUUUGCAUUAAGUGGUUGGGAAGGAUCUGUUCAUGAUGCUAAGAUUUUUAUGGAAACUCUUCGUACACCGAGGUUAAAAUUCCCUUAUUCGCCUGAAGGCAAAUAUUACCUUGUCGACUCAAGAUAUCCAUCAUUCAAAGGUUUCAUGGGACCAUAUAGGAAUACGAGAAGAAAAGACUCGAGUGAUAUAUCGAUUCUUGAGAAUUUAGAGAAUAUUAAUGAGUUACAAGACAAUGAGCAAAAUGUCAGUGAUGAAGAUGAUAAGAGUGUGCCUGAACAUAAUGAAUGGCAAGAUCCAACACAAGAAGAUAUCAAACACAUUGAAGAAAUGAGAAAUGCUAUUAGAGAUCAAUUUCCUAGAAGAGGACAACACUAG